CUAGCCCGGCCGCCCCGGUCACGGACUGCAACGGCAGGCUGCCCUAGGUCAGCGGCAGUGCAGGAGGCUGCGGCCACGGUCGCCGAGACACUGACCAUGGCCUCGUCAGGGCCGCCGCAGCCCCCGGCCGCGGGCGCGCCCUGGCCGGCGCGCCUCUUGCGCGCGUCUCCCGGGCUGCUGGGGCUGGACGCGGGCAGCGGCGCGCUGCUGCUGCUGCUGUGCGGCCUCGCCUCACUGCUUGCCUGGAGCUGGCUACGCUGGCAGCACCAGAUGCGGGGCAUCCCCCCGGGGCCCAAACCCUGGCCCCUUUUGGGCAACGUCGGUCACGUACUGCUGCCACGCUUCCUCCGGCGACAGAGCUCGAAGCGUCCCCCGACAAGGGCCGGGGAAAUGAAUGCCAAGGGCCUGCGUCCACAGGUGAUGCUGACUAAGCUAGCACGCGUGUACGGCAACAUCUACAGCUUCUUCAUCGGUCACUACCUGGUGGUGGUGCUCAACGACUUUCAUAGCGUGCGUGAGGCGCUGGUGCAGCAGGCCGAGGUUUUCAGCGACCGUCCGCGGGUGCCACUCAUCUCCAUCAUGACCAAAGAGAAGGGAGUGGUGUUUGCACAUUAUGGUCCCAUCUGGAAACAACAGAGGAAGUUCUCUCACUCAACUCUUCGACAUUUUGGCUUAGGAAAGCUUAGCUUGGAGCCCAAGAUUAUCGAGGAGUUUGAAUAUGUGAAGGAAGAGAUACAGAAGCAUGGAGAAUUGCCCUUCAACCCUUUCUUCAUCAUCAGCAGCGCUGUCUCCAACGUCAUUUGCUCCUUGUGCUUCGGCCAACGCUUUGACUAUACCAACAGUGAGUUUAAGAAAAUGCUUGAUUUUAUGUCACGAGGGUUGGAAAUCUGCCUGCACAGGCAGCUUCUCUUGGUCAACAUCUGCUCCUGGCUUUAUUACCUUCCCUUUGGGCCGUUCAAAGAGUUAAGACAAAUCGUAAAUGAUAUGACCAGUUUCCUUAAGAAAAUCAUCAAAGAUCAUCAAGAGUCUUUGGACAGAGAGAACCCUCAAGACUUCAUCGACAUGUACCUUCUCCACGCGGAAGAGGAGAGGAAAGCUGACAGCAACAGCAGCUUUAAUGAAGACUACCUGUUUUAUAUCAUUGGGGAUCUCUUCAUUGCCGGAACCGAUACGACAACAAACUCUCUGCUUUGGUGCCUGCUGCAUCUGUCGCUAAACCCUGACGUACAAGAAAAAGUUUAUGAAGAAAUCAAAAGGGUCAUUGGUCCUGAUCGAGCACCUUCUCUCACGGACAAGGCCCAGAUGCCCUACACAGAAGCCACCAUCAUGGAGGUGCAGAGGCUGACAGCGGUGGUGCCAUUCUCCAUCCCCCACAUGACCUCCGAGAAGACGGUGCUCCGCGGGUACAACAUUCCGAAAGGCACAGUGAUUAUCCCCAACCUGUGGUCUGUACACAGAGAUCCAGCCAUUUGGGAAAAGCCAGAUGAUUUCUAUCCUGAUCGGUUUCUGGAUGACCAAGGACAACUUGUUAAAAAGGAGACCUUUAUUCCUUUUGGGAUAGGGAAGCGUGUGUGUAUGGGAGAGCAACUGGCCAAGAUGGAAUUAUUCCUCAUGUUUGUGAGCCUGAUGCAGACUUUUAAAUUCGCUCUACCGAAGGACUCUCAAAAACCCCUCCUGACUGGAAGGUUUGGUCUAACUUUAGCCCCGCAUCCGUUUAAUAUCAUCGUUUCAAAGAGAUGAAGAGUGUCUCCAGGAGGAGCUGGUAAACAGAUAUGUAUAUUUGUAA